AUACUUCCGUUACUGCAAUCCUGUCCAGACAACUAUUCGGCUUCAGUUUGCUGUAAUUGCUGUGCGGCAACUGCUGUAUUUGUUGCAAAUUAGUGCUUGCUCCGUGUGUGAGUUGAUAAAUUAAAUUUCCUUAAUCAAAAUGAGCUGGCAGGAUUACGUAGACAAGCAACUUUUGGCUUCAAGAUGUGUAACAAAAGCCGCCAUCGCAGGACAUGAUGGAAAUGUUUGGGCGAGAUCGGAAGGAUUUGACGUUUCAAAAGAAGAAUUAGCCAAAUUGGUUCAAGGUUUCGAUAAGCAAGACAUUCUUACGUCGUCCGGUGUCACCUUAGCCGGCAACAGAUACAUCUAUCUUUCUGGCACGGACCGCGUCAUUAGGGCCAAAUUGGGCAAGGUUGGAGUCCACUGCAUGAAGACGACGCAAGCUGUCGUAGUAUCCCUUUACGAAGAUCCUAUCCAACCUCAACAAGCAGCGUCAGUUGUAGAAAAGCUAGGUGAUUAUUUAAUUACCUGCGGAUACUAGAGAUAGUGCGGGCCGCUGCAACACAGCCAUUGCCGUGCGGCGACUAUUAUUAUAUUACAAAAGUUGUAUUUUUUUCAAUAAUAACAGCGAACAGCAAUGUGUAUAUUCGAGUGCAUCAUCAUCAGUAUAAUUCAAUGUAGGAACGGUUGAUUUCCUUUAAACAAUCAUUAUGCGUGUAACUGCGAUCAUUGAUUUUAAUUUUCAUUGUUCCCAUGUAGGUUAUUUUAUAAGCAUUCGAUUGAAACAACAUCAAAAACCAACACGUUCCUCCUGUUAUUUUCGGUAGAUAUUCGACUUUUGGCUUCGAUGCAAGUGCUUAUAAGGUAGUCUACUUUGGUUUAUUUAUGAUUUUUUAGACUGUGGUCUCAAUAAAUACCGAUCAUUGUUUUAGGGAUAUUUAGGAUACUUUUCUUAAGUUGGACUUGUGUUUUUUAAACGUGUUCCGCUCAAUCGCGAGGUACGUUUCAAGAACGCGGUCUUUAUUUUUUAAUUAUUUAAAAUAAGCAUUUCGUGUUAGCUUUUCUUAUACCAUUGCUAUCUCUAAAUAUUUGAUACUGAGAAAUUACAGUUAGGGUUUUUUAAUAAAAAAAUCUCUAGUCCCGCUGUUCUCUUCUUUAAUUAUUUCCUUACCUCUUACCCUUGAACCCGAAAGCUUUGUACCGUAUAGUGUAUGAAAUUAUUGGAUGUGAAAACUUUACCCGUUUGUGGUGUUUUGCCCUUUAAAAAAGCGAGCAAAAGUUGAUUUUGUUUCCCAAAAGCACAAAAGUAGCUGUAAGUUGCCGAGUCUUCUCAUAAGGUCAUGGUAAGGUUUUUGUAUUCCUUGAUUUUGUAGCAGUUUUGCAAUCAUUUCAGCAAUAUUUUGUUUGUGUUCUUGCUUGUUCAUGUCAGUAAUCUUGUGCUAUAUGAUUGGUGUGAAUUAGUCUUUUAACCGGUCUCUCUAAAAUCUUAAUCUAAAUUCAAGCACUAGUUUUAUUGGAACACUUAGUUAAAGAACGGAGCAUACGCUGAAAUUUGUGAUAAUUUUAGAAUUAGACGGUUUUGACAGUAUUCAACUUCCUUGUGACUGUUACACCAAUCAGAAAAUAACCUGCAACGAGUCAUUCUACAUCUCGAACGGAUGUCCAAUCGCUCGUUGCACGCUGCUGUAAUGUUGUAACGCGUUAAAUGCUCAUAUUGUCCUUUUUAUUGUAAGAGACAUUAUUUUUACCUCUUAAUUUUUAAAAUCGAAAGUAGCUUUGUAAAGUUUUUCUGAUAUAAUUCGCGAGGGAUAUUGUGUAUCUAAGAAAAAACAUAAUAAAUUUGUAUUAUAAAA